UUGCACCCAGAGAGUAGAGACUAUUUUGGCCCGGAACCAAAAAAAGGAAGCAGCAUAAACCCUAGCGAGCCACGGCGCGCUUCAGCACCGACCCCAAACUCCCCGUCCUCACACAGCGGCCACUGCCAACGUCGAGAUGGCGGCGGAGACAGAGCCGGCAGAGGUGGCGGCGACCGGCGGGCUCGCCGGCGAGAUGGAGGUGGAGGCGUACCGCCGCCUCUUCCCGCUCGCCUUCCUGGAGCGCCACCUCCGCGAAUCCGUCCGCCCUGACGCCCGCCGCCCCGCCGAGGCCCGCCCCACCACUGUCGUCCUCGGCGCCGUCUCCUCCGCGCACGGCUCCGCGCUCGUCCGCCUUGGAGACACCGCCAUGCUCGCGUCGAUCAAGCUCGAGGUGAUGUCGCCCCCGGCCGAGUCCCCUGACGAAGGAUCCGUCGCUGUUGAGUUCCACAUGCCUCCUAUCUGUUCCCCGCUCGUCAGGCCAGGCCGUCCUGCUGAGGCUGCGCCAGUCAUCUCCAAGGCCCUGGAGGGCGUCCUCAUGAGUUCUGGGAUGUUAAAUUUGAAGGAGCUCUGUUUGAUCAGUGGGAAGGCUUCUUGGCUAGCAUAUUUGGAUAUCUAUUGUUUGAAUUCUGAUGGAUCUCUUUUCGAUGCUGCAUGGAUUUCAGCUGUGGCUGCCUUUACACAUUUGGAAAUUCCUUUAGUAUCUGUCGGUGACGAUGGUAGAGUAUUUACUGUUGGAGGCAAUGAAGGAAAAACCAAAUUUGAAUUGGUAAAUAGAGAGAAGAGGAAGCUUGCACUUGGCGACAUUCCAUUUUCCCUUACUUGUGCACUUCACAAAGAUAGUAUUCUAGCGGACCCAACUUCUGAAGAAGAAUCGGUAAUAGAGACCUCUGUGACUGUUGUUGUAGAUUCUUCAGACCGCCUAGUGUUAAUACAAAAACUUGGAGGCAGUGUGACAUCCAUGGCAACUAUUAAGGAGUGCAUUAGCUUGGCGAAAGAAAGGAGACGAAAGUUAAGAGAUAUUCUGACAGACUCUGUCGAAGCCAUGGAAGUUGAUCAAACUGAAUGAGUCUGUGAAAUAGUUAAUCUGACCAGAUGAUUUCUUGGUGGUUCUUUCUCCCUGUCUCGGCUGUAUUGGUAGUGACAGAAAUUUUGUUUUACCUUCAGAUGCUAUCUGUUUAGUUAGACAAGAAGAGGUUUGUGGCGAUAUGUACCCUGCACAUGAUUCUUCACUUAAGAUACUACCAAAGUAGCUUGAUACUUUUAUUUGAUUAUCUGUUCGCAAUGCUC